AUGGCACCUCCUUACUCAGACGAAAGCCGACCGUAUUCAGGUCCAUCUCGUCGGAUGUACCCUCCUCGAGACGACCGGGACGGCCGCAUGUACGAUGAUCACUCACGCUCACGGUCGCCUGGCGACCAUUCUCGCUCGCCUCCCCAACGACCAGCAGACCGCAGGCGCGAAUACUCCAGGGACAGAGAUGCUGGAGCGCACUAUGAUAACCGGGAUCGGGAGGACUAUUGGCAUCGAUCGCCUCCGCGGCGAGGAAGACAAGGAUACCGUGAUCGUGAUCGCGAGGGAUAUCGAUCACCGGAUUAUAACCAUGGUGGGAGCUACAGUCGCAGCCGCAGUCCCCGGCGUGGGCAGUCUGGAUUUGGCCCUGAGAGUCGGGAGAUUAUGAUGGAAGGCUUCCCUAUGGAUAUGACAGAGGACGAUAUUGCAGAUGAGCUUCAGAACGCCUACCAUGUCAGCGGCUUGGAGGAAAUCCGAGUGAUUCGAGACCGACAAACCAAGGUAUCGCGACAGCUGGGAUUCCUUCGAUUCCACUCCAUCAAUGAAUCCAGAGCUUUCCUGGAACGAAACCACCCAUCCAUCUAUUUAUACGGACCAUCCGCGGGAGAUAACGAUCGGAGCACGAAAGUUCGCAUAGCAUACAGUCGGGAGAGGGAAGAUAGGAAUCGCACCAAAGGAGAAGGCGAUUGGACUUGUCGGAUGUGUGCUGUUGUCAACUUUGCGACUCGACCGAAGUGUUUCCGCUGUAACGCCCCUCGUCCAGGCGCAGAGAUGAUGCCCGCGGGUCCACCUGGCGUUCCCAUCCCCAAGGUCGUCAACAAUGGCGAUAAUGACGCUGCCCCCGAAAACCAACCAUCCCAAUUUCUUCUUUUCCGAGGACUAGAGUCCUCAGUAACAGAGGAACUUUUGGCCAAAGGUGUUGCCAAGCUGUACCGGCCCACCGGAGGCAACAACGACGGCCCUUCGUCAAACAAUCAGAAGAAAGGGGCCAAAGUUGCGUCGACCACUGGAGAUGCUAAUCUCGGAGCCCGCGAAGGGUCUAUUAGGCGUGUACUACUCGUGCGCGACCGGAACACUAACGAAAGCUGGCGCUUUGGUUUUGCUGAGUUCGCUAACGUCUUGGACGCACAAGCGGCAAUGACGCGUUUGAACUCAUUCGACAAGUUCACCAUCUCAUCCAGGCCUGUCAUGGUCAGCUAUAUCCACGCCGGUGUCUUCGUACCAGUCAUGGACCCGAAGCCCAGCACCGCCCACUUCACAUUCAGCCCGCUGUCAAACCCUUCUGUUAAACUCAUGUACUGGGAUGACGAAGGCUAUGUCACUGAGUUGAUGCUAACAUCGGGCGAAGAAGAUCUUGGUCAAGACCAACCGAAGAGUACCAAAUCGUCGGGCCAGCGAGAACAGAGUGAAAAUAAGGGCACAAGAGACGCUGAAAAGGCUAGGAAAAGAAAAGCCGAUGCAGCCGCAAACGCGGGUGCAAAGAAGCUUGCCAUGCCGUCCCACCUGCAGUUUUGGAGUAACCGCCAUGCCGAGCUUCACGGCAUUGCAAAAGACGGCGAUGAGAAUGCCGUGAACGACGAGUCUGAAAAAGGAGGAUUACCUACAGAUACAAGCGCACCGCCUGCUCAAUCAUAUGCUGAUCUCAAUCGAAAUUGUUGUUAUCUCUGUAUGCGGCAAUUUAAAAGUUCUGCGAAUGUCAACCGACACGAACGCCUUAGCCAGCUCCACCGAGACAACCUACAGAACGAGGAAGCAAAAGCACGGGGAAUGGCCAAGCUGGCCAAGCAUGGGAUCAUCCAGCAAUCAGCAUCCGAAUAUCGUGAUCGUGCUCGGGAACGUCGCCAGGCGUUUGGACGUGGUAAGACUGGAGGUCGACAAAAGCCGGCAGCACCCAAGGAAGAGGAAGAACCGCCUCUCCAAACCACCUCGAAGGGUGCGUCGCUGCUGAGCAAGAUGGGUUGGUCAGCAGGCUCUGGUUUAGGUGCGCAAGGUACCGGUGUCACUGCUCCUAUCGCCACAGAGGUCUAUGCGCAGGGUGUGGGCCUGGGCGCGCAAGGAAGCAAGCUCGGCGAUGCUGUGGAAGAGGCUGGCCGAAAUACUAGGGGACGAUAUGAUGAAUUCUUGGAGAAGACCAGGGAGACAGCCCGCCAACGCUAUGAUCAGAUGAAUUAG